AUGGCUCCUAACUCAACUGAAGAGGGAUCUUCCACUCUGGACUCAUACCUGGAUGUGGAUAACUGCAGCUACACCACAGCAUGGCUUUGGUUGUCCACUCUACAGCCAACCUACAUACUCCUGGUCAGCAUGGUCGGAGUGGCGGGCAAUGGGUUUGUCCUCGCCGUCUUCUGCCUUCAGCGCAAGUUCUGCUCCGUGGCAGACGUCUACCUGGGUAACCUGGCGGCGGCCGACCUGGCCAUGGUGGCCUGCUUGCCGUUCUGGGCGGUCACCAUCGCGCGGGACUACAGCUGGACGUACGGCGUGCCGCUUUGCAAGCUGGUCAACGUAGUCAUCAGCAUGAACUACUACUGCAGUAUCAUGUUUCUGGUGCUGGUUAGCGUGGACCGCUACCUGGCGCUGGUGCGGCCCAUGCACCCCAGCAGGCUGAGGCGCGUGGUUUGGGCCAAGCGGGCCUGCUGGAGCGUGUGGGUUCUCGCGUUCCUGUUCAGCAUUCCCACGCUGAUCUUCCGAUCCGUCUCGUACAUCCCGGACCUGGACGUACAGGCCUGCUUCUUGGUAUUCCCGCACGUGGGCUGGAAAGUGCCGAGAAACCUCACCAUCAUUGUACUGGGAUACCUGGUCCCUCUCCCAGUCCUGGUCUUCUGUACGUACCACAUGGUGAAAGCCCUCGGGGGCCGCCACCGGGCGGGCGAGCUGCCAGGGGUCCGGAGAGAGAAGAGAGCCACGGUUCUGGUGCUGAUUGUGAUGGCCGUUUUUGUGAUCUGCUGGACGCCCUACCACGUCUACCGCCUGCUGGACACGCUGGAUUACUUUGAGGUCUUGCCUGGAUGCCUGUGGGGUCACGUACUGGACGUUGUCGAGCAGGUCUCCAGCUACUUUGCCUACGGGAACAGCUCGAUGAACCCCUUCCUGUACGUGAUCGUGGGCAAGCACUUUAGGAAGAGGGUGAAAGGGGCCUUCAGGCGCGUGCUGGGUAUGGACUGGAAGCAGGGGAAUAUAACCACAGUCAGUAAACUGCCAGAGAGCAGGAAGGGAUCAAGGGAAAAUGAAAUCAGAAUAUUACCUCGGGGCCAGUCGGACGCUUAA